AUGGCCCCGGGCCCGCCGAAGGCGCUGAAGUCUUUGCAUGCUGCCAUCGACCUUGUCUGGAAGGAUCCAGCACGCAAGGACUAUGCUCUGAAGGCUGUGGCCGUGCAUGGUCGUGCCCUGCAAUUCUUGUCUGUGGAUCUCAGGGCGGACAAGGAGGUCGUGCUCAAGGCGUUAAAGAACGACGGCUGGGCACUUCAGUGGGCUUCGGAGGAGCUUCGGAGGGACAAGGAGGCGAUUUUCAAGGCGUUGAAGAAGGAGGUGCGCUCCUUGCAGUUCGCGGCGGAGGAGCUACUCGCAGACCGGGAGUUCUGCCUCGAGGCCAUCUCAAAAAAUGGGCUGGCCUACGAGUUCGUGGACCCGGAGAUCAGAGCAGACCGGGAGGUCGCUCGAGCCGCUGUGGGUCAGGACGGUCUUGCGCUGGAGUUUGUCCCAGAGCAGUUUCAGUCAGAUCCUGACGUGGUUCUCAGAGCUGUGCAAAACUGCGGCAUGGCUCUUCGCUUUGCCUCGCCAGACCUAAGGGGGAACAAGGGCCUUGUGCUAGCUGCUGUGAAGCAAGAGACCUCCGCGUUGAAGUUCGCUUCCCAGGAACUGCAGCAGGACCGUGAUGUUUGGCUGCAGGCCUGCCCGAGCCGGUUGGGGCACUGGCAGAGCCAGGAGGAGGUCUUGCAGGAAGUGGAGAAAGAGGGCUCGUUGCUCCAGCUCGCGAACCCGCGCUUGAUCAGCAAGCCAGAGGUGAUGUUCAAGGCAUCCGUCAAGGACCAUCGCUCCUUGGAACAUGCCAGCCCCGAGCUCUGCGCAGACGUGGAUUUCCUGCUGCGUCUUGUCAAGCAGGAUGUGCGUGUUCUCACGCACGCUACGGACGAGCUUCGAGCCGACCGCGAGGUCGCUCUAAAGGCAGUAGACAUUAACGGCAGCGCGCUGGAAUUCUUCACGCAGGAGCUGUGUGAAGACAAAGAGGUGGUCCUCACUGCCGUGCGCCGCACGGGGACGGCCCUGGCCUUCGCUGCACCGGAGCUGCGCGCCGACCGAGAGGUGGUCCUGGCCGCCAUGGCCCGAAGCCGUACCGCGCUGCUCUUCGCGUCCGAGGAGCUGCGCCGGGACAAGGCAAUGUGGCUCUACAAUGGCGAGGAGCCACCGGUCUUCGACCCGCCGCCCGAGGAGGAGGCUGCGGCGGAUGUGGAGGUUGCGGCGGCUGUCGAGCCUUCUGAAGCUUCCCGAAGUUAA